CGACUUACAAUGGCACUGAGUAUCAGCCAGGGAUGGAGUCGAACUUGCGACAAUUACCGGUCUUAACCACUGAGCCACUCCACCCCGAUUCAGUGCAUGGACGCGCGCCGACCUCGGAGACGCACAGCGCACAGGAUUUUGCGCACUGAAGUAGAGCUGAGCAGAGCGCACAGAGAGCGCGCACAAGAGGGGACAGCUGUCUCAGUGACUGCAGUCCUAUCACUGCGAGACGGACACGCUCACUUUUGUACUACUUUGUUCAACUCACCGAUGAGAACAGCCGCUCCGGAUCGAGUCGAAGGAGAUUUAUCACGGCAUUUUAUGUAGGUUCGUCUUGACGCGCAACUUAAGAGGACUGUUGCUGCAGCUGAGACAUUGUUUGCAGAGAGACCCACGCGUCCCAGCUGCUCAAGGGGAAAUUCACACAGCGUCCCGAGACACGAGGACGUCCUUGGGAGUAUUUUAGGACUGUUUGCCCAAAGUGGAUUGAACAAUCAUGGUCAUCCCAUUCGCUUUACACAACUGAGUGAGGUGUUGCCUUUGCAAAACGGUGAUAACAGCGAUGUUUCAGCGACACGUGCGUUUGCCUCUCUCCAAAAUCUCCCAGAGAGGAUUUAAGCUGCGCUCAUCUUGAAUAAAGUCGACAAGUCAUUGACGAUGAGGGCACUGCAAACGCUCCUGCUUCUCUCUGUCCUGCACCAGGUCACAUGCAGAAAGGUGCAUGGCGGAGCCACAGAGCUCACUGAGUGGGCAGACGGCCAUAAUGAGCAGAAGAUCUCUCCCACGGGGGUCAGCCCACGGAUCCUCAACCCCUUGCGCUUGUUUGCCAGGGGCUCCCCGGGGUUCAAGAGCAACAUGAGGGAAAUAACAUAUUUACAGAACAUGGAGGACUUUUGGGACUGGUUAUCCAACCAGACAGAUGUUCAGGGCGCACAGGCCAGAACUAAACGAAGGCCCAUCGUCAAGACUGGCAAGUUCAAAAAGAUGUUCGGGUGGGGGGAUUUCCACUCCAACAUCAAGACAGUCAAACUCAACCUGCUGAUCACAGGAAAGAUCGUGGACCACGGGAACGGAACUUUCAGCGUCUACUUCCGCCACAACUCCACGGGCCUGGGGAACGUGUCCGUCAGCUUGGUGCCGCCGUCCAAGGUGGUGGAGUUCGAGAUCGCCCAGCAAUCCACGCUGGAGACCAAAGACACCAAAUCCUUCAACUGCCGCAUUGAGUACGAGAAGACGGACCGCAACAAGAAGACUGCCAUGUGCAACUUUGACCAGUCCAAGAUGUGCUAUCAGGAACAGACGCAGAGCCACGUGUCCUGGCUCUGCUCGAAACCCUUUAAAGUCAUAUGCAUCUAUAUAGCCUUUUACAGCGUAGACUAUAAACUGGUGCAAAAGGUUUGCCCUGACUACAACUACCAUAGCGACACGCCGUACUCCUCCACAGGAUGACCUAGCGGUUGUUAGAACGCAUCAACCUUUUGUUUUAUCGUCAAAUUAUGUAAAUGUCAACUUCUAAUCUUCUUGUCCUUAAAUACCCGAGGCAUUCUGCAGGCGGUGCAACUUAAGACGGGACGCGCGCACUCGCGAGGGAUUUGCCACAUUACUGCAAACCUUUUGUACAUAUUGCACAUGUAUGCAGCUCAACAGAUAUUUAGAGUCCAGGGACUCGGGUUUUAGUGGUCGGCUCGGGAUUGAGAGCUAGCUACCAACCCCCGGGUGACUUCCUCCCAUCACAACAGCACACAUGUUCUUUGUGAAAUAAUGACUACGUUCUCCAGAUGUUGUCUUUAAGGCUAGGCCAUAGGCAUGCGGCAAUCUCAUGUGGCUCGAUUGCCAAUGCAGCAUGGAUGUUAGCAUCGUCACACAAUUCUCUCAACUCAUUCACACCGACAUUUAUGGGGGUGGAAAAGGACAAGGCUUUAAAUCAAGUUAAUAAUCACUUACACAUUUGAAUUGUGACUCGGCAGGCCAUGAAAUUUAAACACUUCUUUUGACCGACACGUCACAAUUAUCUCUCCAUCGUUUCAAAGUGGAGCCGCUGUCCAUUUGUACCUGUGAGCAGAACACAGGUGGGGCAGCCUUUUAUUUCAGAUUAAGUAGAUUGAUGAGUCAUUUUUUUCCCACCAAGUAGCUCUGCAUAAAUAAUAUCUUUUAUCUCUGCUGUCUGUCUCUUGUCAGGACUGAAAUGAAGUGAAAUAAUUCACUGAACAAAUUGUACGUGCAUGCGCACGACAAUUUCAGAUGAUUCAGCUGAUCUGAUUUCGGGGAAAAAAAAAAAAAAAAAACUACCUGAGAGCAUGAACUUAAAUCACUACACACACCGUGUGUAUGUAGACGGGCGCUCAGGUGUGCUGGUUCUUGAACAGCGUUGGUUUUCAGUGCUACGGUCGCCAUAAGGUGUGUACGCUAAGCCAGCCCCGAAAACGAACAUCUGUGUUUGCGAGAUGCACUUUGAGGCAUCAGUCUGCCGUGAGAGCCACGCUCCGGAUUAAUGUGUCAGGAGAGGUGGCUGUGGGGGGGUGGGAGUGGGGGAUAAUUGCAGGACAGGUGGAUUUAGUGAGUCUGGCAGACAAUUAUCAGCACUUUGUCAUGGCCCUGCCACAAGCCUUGACAUUACCUGUCUUUAAUAGGCUUUAAUUAGCUUGGGAAAUUUCAUUUACUUAACACCAAGGAGUGGAGAAACCAAAA